AGUUUCCACAAGUUCUGAGGUCUGCAAUCGAGAGUUAGCCUCGGCCCUCGGCGUUCGCGAACGUCUCCUUUUGGACUCCGUCAUCGAGUUCCCCGCAGUCAAUUGAUCACUUCCUGCCUUGCCUCACGCUACCAUGGUAGCCUCCCAAGACGUACCUGCCAUCGAGCAGAUCCUCGACCCUCUUUGUCCGCCAAACGACCCUCCGCCCCCUUAUCCCUCUCGCGAACACAGAACGCGGCGUGCGCGGGCAAAUCGGCACUUGCAGCGUAUCUCGACGGCUGGUAGCGGCAAUGAAUCUACGGCACCAGAGUCGCACUCAGACAACGAGGCGCGCCAGUCCCCAUAUCUGCUAGAUGGAGACUCGAUCGACGCGACGGAGACGACACCAUUCCUUUCCCCUUCAUCGCCGCGGACGUCGCACAGGAACUACUCCGGUCGCCCGCGCUCACUAUCGCAUAGUACCGUAUUCUCAGCAAAUUCCAUCGCCCCCUCGCUUGCCCAGACAGUCGUGUCACUGUUCGACACUGAUGAUACGCUAGAGGGGGGUGACGAUACCCUCAUCAGCACACCGCCGAACGAUGCGCCCCAGCCGCAGGCAGAUCGGAGAGAAGGAUUGCUUACACGGCGAACAUGGCAACGUUACUUCCGGCCUGUAACUCAGUGGGCGUACUACAAGUCGUUGCUACACCUGCUUGUCUUCAACUUUCCUUAUGCCCUAGCCGCAUGGGUAUACCUCUUCGUGUUCACCUUGACGGGAACAGUUCUUCUGAUUGCUCUGCCCCUCGGAGCAGUUCUAUGCUUCUUUGGCAUGAUUGGCGCUCGCGCCUUUGCACGCGGAGAGCUCUACUUGCAAUGGCUCUUCCAUCGCCCUCUCAACUACCCUGCGCCGUAUCCCGCACGCCCAAUAUUCACGCGCGUGCGUCCCCCUACUGCGUCAGAGGUCGAGGCUGGCCUGGCCGCCCAUGAUUCCCUCGUACCGGAGAGGUCAUUCUACAAGAACACGUACUCGAUGGCGACGGAUCCCACGACUUAUCAAGCACUGUUCUACUUCCUUGUGGUCAAGCCCGGGAUCACGUUGAUUCUCUUCCUCCUUUUCCUUGUCCUUGGCAUUCCUGCGCUUGCUCUGGUCGUGACGGCACCCGCCGCUUUGCGUGCUAUGCGGCGCCUCGGAGUAUGGCAAGCGAAUAUAGCCGUGGAGGGGCUUUACCUUGCCGUUAGAUGAGGUGCGAGCGACGCGCCCAUCGGCGACCAGUGAUUACCUUCGCGGGAUUGCGACGGGGGACCUAUCUAUGGUGGAUCGUAACUUGGUGGUAUUCUUGUACUUGUACGUACUUACCCAUUCGCUACUAAUCAUACAGAUACGCUUCUUCGAUAUUGCAGAUCAUACUAUUCAAGCAGUUGAGCACAUUCGAGCGUUCUCUUCUGGUCUCUCCAUGAGC